AUGGCUAACUUGGGGAAUCCUAGAUGCGCCUUGGUGGCCCAGCAGACGCCACCCUGGCUGUCCUUUCCGCUGCUGCUGCUGCUGCUGUUACUGCUAACCCAGGCAGACCCAGGAACGCGAAGGUCGUUCGUCGUGGACCGAGACAAUGACCGGUUUCUCCUGGACGGGGCCCCGUUCCGCUAUGUUUCAGGCAGCUUGCAUUACUUUCGAGUCCCGCCGGUACUCUGGGCAGACCGGCUCAACAAGAUGCGUAUGAGCGGUCUUAACGCCAUCCAGUUUUAUGUGCCCUGGAACUAUCAUGAGCCAGAGCGGGGGGUCUAUAACUUUGAAGGCAGCCGGGAUCUCAUUGCUUUUUUGACGGAAGCAUCUUUAGCAAAUCUGUACGUCAUCCUGAGACCCGGACCUUACAUCUGUGCAGAAUGGGAGAUGGGUGGUCUUCCAGCCUGGUUGCUUCAAAAUCCAAAAAUUCGUCUAAGAACUUCUGAUCCACUUUUCCUGGAGGCUGUAGACUCCUGGUUCAAGGUGUUGCUGCCCAAGAUCUAUCCAUGGCUCUACCACAAUGGGGGCAACAUUAUCAGCAUUCAGGUGGAGAAUGAGUAUGGCAGCUUCGGGGUCUGUGACACCAGCUACAUGAAGCACCUGACCGGGCUCUUCCGGACCAUCCUAGGCAAAGAGAUCCUUCUCUUCACCACAGAUGGGCCUGAAGGCCUCCAAUGCGGUUCCCUCCAGGAGCUCUAUACCACUGUGGAUUUUGGCCCAGCUGACAAUAUAUCCAAAAUCUUUGCCUUGCUUCGGAAGUAUGAACCCAGGGGUCCAAUGGUGAACUCUGAGUACUACACAGGCUGGCUGGAUUACUGGGGUCAGAACCACUCCGUUCGUCCUGCUCCUGCUGUCACAAAAAGCCUUGAGAAGAUGCUCAGUCUGGGAGCCAGUGUGAACAUGUACAUGUUCCAUGGAGGCACCAACUUUGGCUACUGGAAUGGUGCUGACGAAAAGGGCCGCUUCCUUCCCAUCACCACCAGCUAUGACUACGAUGCACCGAUCUCUGAAGCUGGGGACCCCACACCUAAGCUUUUUGCAAUUCGGAAUGUCAUCAGCAAGUUCCAGGAAAUUCCCUUGGGACCCUUACCUCCCCCCAGCCCCAAGAUGAAGUUUGGGCCUUUGACUCUACGUUUGAUUGGAGACUUGCUGGGUUUCCUAGACAUCCUGUGCCCCCAGGGGCCUGUCCAUUCCAUUUUGCCAUUGACCUUUGAGGCUAUCAAACAGGACCACGGCUUUGUGUUGUACCAGACAGUCCUGACUGUAACCAUUGCUGAGCUGACAGAGUUCUGGGUGCCCAAAAACGGAAUCCAUGACCGUGCCUAUGUGAUACUAGAUGGGGUGUUCCAGGGUGUUUUGGAAAGGGACAUGAAAAACAAACUCUUUUUGACUGGGAAAGUGGGCACCAAGCUGGACAUUGUGGUGGAGAACAUGGGCAGGCUCAGCUUUGGGUCAAACUGCAGUGACUUUAAGGGUCUGUUAGAGCCGCCAGUCCUGGGCGACUUGAUCCUGACCAACUGGCUGAUGUACCCUCUGAAUGUGGAUAAGCUGGUCAAGUGGUGGAUACCCCUUCAGUUGAAAAAUAAGUUAAAUUCACGUCCUCUCCCAAGUCCCUCUGGCCCUGUCUUCUUCUCCACAACAUUUUCCAUCCUCAGCUCAGGCGGGGAUACCUUCCUCUAUUUACCUGGAUGGACCAAGGGCCAAGUCUGGAUCAAUGGGUUUAACUUGGGCCGCUACUGGACAAAACGGGGGCCACAAGAGACGCUCUAUGUGCCUCGUCCCCUGCUGAACCAGGGGGUGAGCAACAAAAUCAUCUUGCUGGAGCUGGAGAAUGUGCCCGCCAAGCCCCAAAUCCAGUUCCUGGAUACGCCCAUUCUCAAUAGCACCUCACAUAAAACUUUCAUCUAUUCUCUCCUCACCGAUACGCAAAGUGUCCCCGAACCCAUGGAGUUAAGUGGUCACUGAAGGGGAGGGGCCCUGGGAGCUGGGACAGGAGU